AUGCCUCCACCACCCCAUAUCAGGCCUGAGAAUGUGCUCAGACGAGCGCAAGAGCUCAUCGCCGUCGAUCAAACCCAAGCGGCUCUCAAUGUCCUCCAUGAGCAUGUUACCUCCAAGCGUUCCCGGAAUAGCCCCAUCUCCUCCCUGGAGCCGGUUAUGCUCCUCUUUGUUGAAUUGUGUGUCGAUCUAAGAAAAGGCAAAUCCGCAAAAGAUGGACUCUACCAGUACAAGAACAUCGCGCAAAAUACGAACGUGGGAACGAUCGAGUUGGUCUUGAAAAAAUUCAUUGAGCUCGCCGAACAAAAGGUCCAGGAGGCUCAAGCCAAGGCCGACCAGGUUCAAUCGUCGCUUGAAACAGCGGCGAGUGCCACAGCCCUGAAUGUCGAAGAUCUUGAGGCUACCGAAACCCCCGAGACUAUCCUGCUUGCCACUGUCUCUGGUGAACAAUCCAAAGACCGAACGGAUCGAGCGAUUGUCACACCAUGGCUCAAGUUUCUCUGGGAGACGUACCGCACGGUCCUGGAAAUUCUGAAGAACAACGCUCGGCUGGAGGUCAUGUAUCAGAGUACUGCUCAUCAAGCAUUCGAUUUCUGUCUCAAGUACACGCGAAAGACUGAGUUUCGUCGGUUGUGUGAACUGCUGCGAAACCAUGUGCAGAAUGCUGCCAAGUACUCCUCCCAGAUGCACGCUAUCAAUCUCAACGAGCCCGACACCUUGCAGCGUCACCUCGAAACACGUUUUCGGCAGUUGAAUGUGGCAGAUGAGCUUGAAUUGUGGCAGGAGGCUUUCCGUAGUGUCGAAGAUAUCCACAUGCUUCUUACGCUCUCCAAGAGGCCAGCGAAGAACGUUAUGAUGGCCAACUACUACGAGAAACUCACGAAGAUCUUCCUCGUCAGCGACAACUUUUUGUUCCAUGCAGCUGCUUGGAACAAGUACUACAACUUGCUGCGACAGUCCGCGGCUGCCGUCGCAUCUGGUCAGUUUCCAAAACGCGACAACCCAACUGUUACCGAGGAUUCUUUGACCAAAGCCGCCUCUUUUGUAUUGCUUUCUGCGCUAGCAAUUCCUGUCAUCAGCACGUCUCGUUCACGAGGUGCGCUGGUUGAUGUCGAUGAGGCGCGGAAGAACAAGAACAAUCGCUUGACCAACCUUCUCAGCAUGCCAUUUGCGCCCACAAGGGCAGGACUCUUCAAGGACGCACUCAGCAAGGGCUUGCUCAAGCGUGUUCGACCAGAGAUUCGAGAUCUCUACAAUAUCCUCGAAGUCGAUUUCCAUCCUCUCUCGAUUUGCAAGAAGAUUUCGCCCAUUCUGGCACAAAUUGGUGCUGACCCCGAAAUGGAGAAAUAUGUUCUUCCCCUACAGCAAGUCAUUCUCACCCGUCUCUUUCAACAACUCUCACAAGUCUACGAAUCCGUGGAGUUAAGCUUUGUGACCCGGCUCGCUCAAUUCCCUGCGCCAUUUGAGGUGACUCCUGCCAUGAUUGAGAAGUUCAUCAUGAACGGCUGCAAAAAAGGCGAUCUAUCAAUCAGACUUGACCACAUUUCUGGUAUCUUGGCCUUCGACUCCGACGUCUUCUCCUCUGCUAAGGCUCUCCAUCCGGGCAGCGCCGCAGGAUCGGCAGAGAGCGAAGUCGGUUCAGUCCAAAGACUUCAGAAUACUCCAGCCGAGAUAGCUCGAUCGCAGCUGACAAGAUUGGCAAAGACUCUUCAUGUGACAUGCAUGUAUGUCGACCCAUCGUACAAUCAGGCUCGACUUGCAGCCAGAGAAACCGCUCUCGCUCGCGCUGAGGCCGGUGCUGAACAGGAGCACCAGGAAACCCUCGAGAGGCGUGUUGUCAUCGAGAAGAAAAAGGAAGCGGCUUCCGAGGCUUUCCAAAAGCGACAGAGAGAGGAAGAAACUCGCCGCCGCAUUCGUGCGCAACAACAGGCAGAGGCUGAGUCUCAACGUCUGCGCGAUGAGACAAGGGCUCGUGAGCUCAAGCGCGUGAAGGAUGAACAGGCCCGCAUUCGACGCCAGGAGAUAGAGAAACAACUAGCUGAACUUCAAAGUGGCAUGAAGAUCGAUCUUCAAGAUGUGAACAUUGACGAACUUGACUCCAACCAAAUUCGUUACCUCAAGUUGUCACAACUUGAGAAGGACAAGAAAGAAAAGGACGAACGCAUCCGCAUCACGGCCAAGCGUCUUGAUCACCUGGAGCGUGCAUUCCGCCGGGAGGAGCUCAAGUACCAACAACAGGAUUACGAGAAGCAGCGCGAGGAAGACUUGAAGAUCUACGAGCAAAACAAACAGCUCAUGUUGAAGGAAGCACAAGAAAAGCAUAAGGAAGGCCUAGCUCUAAAGCAUCGUCUCAGCAGACUCGUCAAGGAGUAUGACGGUUUCAAGGGCCAGAUCACAGAGCGUCGUGGUGCCGAGUUUGAGAGGCUUCGCAAGAAAGCCGAGCGCGAAUUCGAGGAGGAGAAGCGCAAGCGGAUCAAGGCUUAUCACGAGGAGAAGGCCAGACAGCGUGCAGCGCAAGAAGCCGAAGAGCGUCGUAUCCGCGAAGAAGAAGAGCGUAGACAGCGCGAGGAAGAGGAGAAGGCGAAAGCCGAGGAAGAAAAGAAACGGGUUGCCGCCGAGCGACGAGCGCAGGCCGAGGCAGCUCGACUCGAACGCGAAGAGGCUGCGAGGAAACAGAUGCAACGCGAGGAAGAAGCCGCAGCGAGGAGAGCGGCUCGAAAAGCGGAACAUCAAGCACCAGCGCCCGCGCCGUUCUCUCGCGGCGGACCAAGAGAAGCGCCUCCUAUGGAAGCCCGUACCGAUUCUCAGGAAGGCCCGCGAAUUGCACCUCGUCUUCAACUGGCUGGAAAAGCGGGCGGUGGCUGGCGCGAACGACAAGCCGCAAAGGAAGCUGCUGGACAGGGACCAGUCCCUGCUGAGGCUCCGGCCCCAUCUCAGGCUGCGCCUUCAGUCCAAGAGCCACCAGCCCGAGAGCCGCCAGCCCGCCGCCCAGGCGGGUAUGUUCCACCUCAUCUUCGUGAAAGCGGGUCUGCUCGAUCUGGAGCGGAUCAUCCACCUGCUCGUGACUAUCACCACCCGCCUGCUCGCGAUCAUCAUCCACCUCCGCGCCAUGAGUCCGCUUCGCCCGCUAACGGUGCGCCGAGUGGACGUUAUGUGCCGGCUCACAUGAGAGAUGGAGGGCGCAGCUUGUCAAGAGAAGGCUCCGGUUCUCCAGCACAGGGCAGCGGUGAUGAAACAGCGCCGCGAAAGCCCGCAUCGGGAGGAGCGCCUGGAAGGUACGUGCCUCCGAGUAUGCGCAAUCGCCAGCAGUGA